AACAUUAAUCGGGGUUUCUUUUUCGCGCACAUGGGUUGGCUCAUGUGCCGUAAGCACCCCGAUGUUAUUGAGCAGGGUAAACUCGUGGACAUGAGCGAUUUGGCCGCUAACCCCGUGAUUAGUUUACAACGUAAAUUUUACGUACCUUUAGUGGCGCUAAUUUGGGCCGCAUUUCCCACAUUAACGCCGUAUUAUAUGUGGGGCGAGGGGUUGUGGGAGGCGUGGUUUGUGUGCGUUAUGUUCCGGUAUGUUUUAAUAUUGAAUAUAACAUGGUGCGUUAAUAGCGCCGCUCAUUACUGGGGUUAUAAGGUACCGUAUGAUAAAACAUUAAACCCCGUGGAGUGUAAUAUACGACACGUAAUGGACUAUAAGGCGAGUGAAUAUGGUCCAUUUGUUGGGUUCAACCCGGCCACCAUGUUCAUAAACACGAUGGCUGUGUUGGGUCAGGCGUACGAUUUGCGUCAACCCUCAGCCGAUAUGAUUGAAGAGAGACAGAAACGUACCGGUGAUAUGGCAAACACAAAAUUGAGCAUGUAUUAA